AUGGAAGCAAAACACAAGGGAUCGAAUCAUGGGUUUGUUAGAGGUAAGCUGGUCAAGUCUGUGUUUGGAAUGACCAAGCCUUCCAAGCCAUUGCAAUCUAGUAGUAGCAAGGUCAGUCGUAGCCCGUAUACUACAAAUGGCAGUCCUGUUGAUUCUUACACUCGCCAGAGCUAUUGCCCAAACCCUCCAUCAAUCCAAAAGGUUUCCACUACUAAGUUGAGAAGUUUUCCAGACUCUGGUGGUGACGAAAAUGUUGACAUGAAAGCUGCAACCUACAUAUCGUAUGUUCGAGAGCGAUUCAAACUUGAGAGAGCUGAUUUUGAGGCAUUGUAA